AUGAGUGACUCUUCAUCAGACUCGGACGAUGAUUUAUUCUCUCACAAGAAUGCAAAAUCAGUACUUGAUGUUUCAUGGUCUGAUAUUUCAAAGAAGAAGGAUCCAGUGCCAAAAGUAAAGGAUAAAAAACCAAAGAAAAAGAAGAAUUUACUUGAUCUUGUUGAAGAUGAGGAGGAAGAAAAACCAAAAGAAAAGGAAAAGAAGGAGGACGUGUUGGAUGUUGAUUUAAUUUUGGCAAAGAAUGAACUUUAUAACAAGAAGGCUAGAAGAAAUACUAGUAGUAGCUCCGAAGGUAAAAAAAAGAGAAAGCAGGACGAUGAGGAAUUUAUCAAAAAACAACUGGCCGAACAACAAAAAUUAGAAAAGGAAAGAAAAAGGAAAAAACAAAAACAAAUGGAAAUUAUUCACAAGAAUGAUGAGGACGUUAUUGAUUUGGAUAGUGAAGUUGUUGAGGAGUUACCACCAGUUUCUCUUCCUUCACCAGUGACAUCACCACUUUUAAUGAAAAAACCAAUGAUGAGCUUCCCAUCAAAACCAACAGUAGUCAAACCAACAAAGGCUAUUGAUUUUAAAAUUCAACUUAUGGCUAGUGAUGCUUUCCAAAAGUUAGAAGCUGCAGAAUCUUUCACAUUUGAUGAUCUGGAGGAUGAUAGUGUUCAAGAGGAAUUAUCAGAAGCAGAGAGAAAGAAAAUUGAAGCUCAAGUUCAAAGAGAAAUUGAACAACUUAACAAGAAGAAAGAGCUAGCUCCUAUCACCACAGAGGAUGUAGAGGAAGUUGAAGAUGAAGACAAGGGAGAAAAGAUCACCAUUUCAAUCAGAUGGAAUGAUAAGACAAUAUCUGUAAAUAUUCACGAGAGAGAUAAAUUCCAAAAACUCAAAAAGACAGUAGCAAAGAAGUUUGAAGUGCAUCCUGAUCAAAUAUCAUUCAAGUUUGACGGAGCCACUCUAGAUUUAAAUUCCACACCAGAGGAUCAAGCCAUGGAAAGUGAUGACAUUAUUGAUUGCAUUGUGGAUUUGAAAAAGAAAGUUUCAACAGUAUCUCACACUCCUGCCACCGAAAAGGAGCCAAAAGAGAAUAAGGGUGAAAAAAUUGUAUUGGAAGUUAGAGGAAAUGGAAAGAGCAUUUCAAUUAAUUUCUACAAGGGAGAAAAGUUUUCAAAACUUGCAAAAGGAGUAGCUAAACAAUUUUCUGUAGCCCCUGAGAAGAUUAAACUCAUGUUUGAUGGGUUGGCUUUGGAUUUAAAUGAAACUCCUGGCGAUCAAGACAUGGAAAAUGAGGAUAUUAUUGAUUGCAAGUUUUUGUAA